AUGGGAGUCCCAGCAUUGUUCAGAUGGCUGACCAAGCAAUAUCCCAAGAUUGUGUCUCCUGUCAUUGAAGAACAACCGCGCGAAAUCGAUGGCCAAAUCAUCCCAAUUGAUAUUAGAGGACCCAAUCCAAAUGGGGAGGAAUGCGACAACCUAUAUUUGGACAUGAAUGGAAUCGUUCACCCAUGUAGUCAUCCAGAAGAUCGCCCUCCACCCAAAGAUGAGGAGGAAAUGAUGUUGGAAAUCUUCAAGUACACGGAUCGAGUAGUUAAUAUGGUGCGACCCAGGAAAUUGUUGAUGAUUGCUAUUGAUGGAGUAGCACCACGUGCUAAGAUGAAUCAACAACGAUCCCGUCGAUUUCGUGCGGCGCAAGAGGCAAAGGAGAAGGCGGAGGAUAAGGCAGAGUUGCUUAAGAUGCUGAAAUCACAAGGUACACAGGCCGAAGAGACAGAAGUCAAGAAAGCCUGGGAUUCCAACGAAAUUACUCCCGGUACUCCGUUCAUGGACAUAUUGGCCGCUAGUCUCAGAUAUUGGAUUGCAUAUAAACUCAACACUGACCCUGCUUGGGCAAAGAUGAAAGUCAUCAUCUCAGAUUCAACUGUUCCAGGAGAGGGUGAACACAAAAUCAUGGAAUUUGUCAGAUCCCAAAGAUCUUCUCCCGAUCAUGAUCCUAACACCCGACAUGUCAUGUAUGGAUUAGACGCCGACUUGAUCAUGCUGGGUCUAGCAACGCAUGAACCUCAUUUUCGUAUUCUAAGAGAAGAUGUGUUCUUUAAUGAUGGAAAGCCACGAACCUGCAAACUGUGCGGCCAACAUGGCCAUGAAGCCCGAGAAUGCAAAGGCAUGUACAAGAUAAAGGAUGGUGAGUUUGAUGAAAAGGCUAGCGCCCCUACGCUCAAACCAUUUAUUUGGCUACACGUCUCUAUCCUUCGUGAAUACUUGGCAGCAGAGAUUCUCGAGAUUCGAGAGGAUGGUAUUAAUACCUUGAUUGCCAUCUGGCGUGAUAAUAUUCCCUACAUGGGUGGUUAUUUGACUAAAGAUGGUCAUGUUGACCUUGAAAGAGCUCAGUUCAUCCUUGAUGGUCUAGCUAAGCAAGAAGAUGCCAUCUUCAGGCGAAGAAGAAAGGCAGAAGAGAACUUCCAGAAGAAGCGUAAGCUCAACAAUGAGCGAAACGAACGGUAUGGCCGUGGCCGUGGAAACAACGCCGGUGCUCAGGAUUCUCCAUCUAACGGUAGACAGCCUCCUGGUGGAGCUGCUCCGACUGGCUUACCACUCUUCACUCCUGGUAUGGCCAACAAGGAAGCCAAGGCUAUAUCCCAUGAUAUGGUAAUGAACCGAGGUGCAGCUUACAAGGCUAGUAUAGCCAACAAGAGCGCCGCUGCAGCACUGAAGGAGAUGAUGAAUGGCAAGUCAACUGAUGAUGAUAACGGUGAGCCUAGAGCCGAUGACACCUCGGCGGAAUUACCAGCAACUGCACUGGGAAAACGUAAAGCAGAGCUCAUUGAGGAUGAUGACAGCAGUACGCCAGGACGUAACUCCCCCAUUCCAGGGACACCAGGAACCCCGACAACACCUGGCGAUGACCUUCCUCCUGACACCGUUAGACUAUGGGAAGAUGGUUACGCUGAUAGAUACUAUGAACAGAAGUUCAACCGAGAUCCUAAAGACAUUGAGUUUCGCCAUCAGGUUGGUAAAGCCUAUGUCGAAGGAUUGGCAUGGGUUUUGCUAUACUAUUUCCAAGGAUGUCCGUCUUGGGAUUGGUAUUAUCCGUACCAUUAUGCCCCUUUCGCCGCGGAUUUUGCAAAUCUCAAGGAUAUGAAGAUCAAUUUUCAGAAAGGCAGAAUCUUCAGGCCAUUUGAACAACUUAUGGGAGUCCUUCCAGCGGCUUCAAGACAAGCUAUUCCAGAACAGUUUCACCAUCUGAUGACCAAUGAAGACAGUGAAAUUAUCGAUUUCUAUCCAGAGGAUUUUAUAGUUGAUUUGAACGGUAAGAAGUUCGCUUGGCAAGGUGUUGCUCUAUUGCCAUUCAUUGACUCGGAGCGAUUGCUCGAUGCAAUGGCUAAGGUAUACCCCACAUUACCAGUGGAUGUUUCAGCUCGCAAUGGCCUUGGAAAAGACGUUCUUUUAGUGUCAGAAUCCCAUCAUGCUCUUUACGACGAGAUUACCAGCAAAUUCUAUUCAAAGAAACAAGGCUCACCUCAUAUGAAGUUAAAUCCCAAGGUCAGUGAAGGUUUGACUGGACGAGUUGAGAAGAAUGAGGAUUAUCUCCCUUAUAGCUCUUUGGUUUUUCCACUGGAGAGUGGAGCUAUGCCAGGUCUUGACGAGGAUCGAUCAAUACGUGUACAUUACGAAAUGCCCAAAUCUAACCAUAUUCACAAGUCUAUGUUAUUAGUCGGAGUUGAUUUUGGCCAACCGGCACUUAAUCAAAGCGAUAUCGAAAUGACAAAAAGCAGGGCGUCUAGAUCAGGUCGAAAUUAUGGCGGAGUGCCAUUACAAGGUGAUGGUAGGGGUCGUAACCAAUUCAACUAUGGUUCUGGUAAUAACAAUCGCGGCAAUGGCAGUCGCUAUAAUGGUCCAGGAACAACAGCACCUAGGUACAAUAAUCAAUCUCACAGCUCUCAGAACAACUACAACAAUUACAGUCAACCACCACCUCCACCAGGCUGGCAGCCUCCCCCACCAGGAUCAUACGGUGGGCCUCCUCCACCGCCCCCUGGAUCGUACGGUGCGUAUCCUCCACCGCCACCUGGAUAUGGAGGUGGUUACAACAACUACAACAACUAUGGUGGACGACGUUAG